AUGCAAGUCUUGCAAGCGACGGCACACCAGCAUGAGCGGAGGAGCACAUCACCGCCGCGCUCGUUGCCAGCGGAUACGCCUCAGGAGAAACCUAUAGCUACGUUGAGUCGGCCACAACCUGACGCGGAUACGAAUAAAACGCCGAACCCUACGAUUUCCACCCAGGUCUCGACCGGAGCACGACCACGCCCGUCUGUCUUGGGGCCGAGAUCACGGUCCAGCAAUGCUCACGUGCGCUUUGUUGCCAGCCUGAGCCCAGAAUCAGCCUUCAUCAUCAAUAAGCCUCACCAAGAGGGCUCUGAUAGCAUCUCUAGACAUGGCGUUGGUCUAUGGCUCGGGCAAGAUGAGGAAGUCACUCCGGAGGCCGCGCCCGUUGCCAACGACCAAACCUUCCUGAAUGUGCCUACGCAAGUGCUGGACGGGCUCUCUGGCCAGACCUUGCUGCUGUCAAUCCUUCGCCCUGCCCUAAGGCGUGAGUGCCUCGCCGUCAUUCCCCCAGAACAUGAGCUAGGGUUGCUCUCCGAUCUGUUCUACACCAAAAUAGACCCGACAUUCCCGCUUCUGAAGGACGAGCCCUGGGAGAAACAUGGCGAUAUCGAGACGGUGACCCUCAAGCAGUGUAUCUGCUUGGUAGCUUCAUCAGAUCCGGCGAUGCGACCACAUCUACGGUUGCCACAUCAUGAUGGGGUUCUUUUGCAACUGGAGUUUCGAGCUCGCAUAGCUGCGGCAGUGAAGCAGACCUUGGACCUUGGCUUCAUCGCCGACAAAAUUGUGCUUUUGCAAAUCUGCACGCUGAUGUCCAUGUAUACCGACGAUCAAGACUUUGGCGUGCUGUCUACGCACUACUGCGCCCAGGCGAUCCAUUACGAACAAACACUUGGUUUUCAUGUUGGCUGGCCUGAUGACAAGGCUGGCGGCGAGCGUUCUCGCCGAAUCUUUUGGUGCGUUUGGGUCUUGGACCGACUCAACGCAGCGACAAACGGUCGACCCACUGUCAUUCACAGGCAUGACGCGGACAAGAAGGUCAUGGACUCCAUCAGCGAUCAAUCACCCUCUUUCAAGCUUCUCAUCCACAUAGCGCAGCUUCUCGAACACACUAUAUCACUCUACCGCCCUAGCGAGUCAGCCCGGAAAAAAAAUCCCGACACAUUCGAGGAGCUUAUCGAGAUGGCAUCGGCGCAGAAUCUAAGCAGUAGCUUAUUAGCUUCUCUUGAGCUUUUUUACUUGCCCGCCGUGAUUCUACAAGACCGAUCAUCCGAGAAUCAGUCCAGCUCUGAACUCCAAGGAUUCUAUGCGACGCGAAUAGUGGCCAUUGCGUCAGGAGAGGGCAUUUCGUCCCUCAUCUACUGGCCCAUCCUCCCCUAUGCGGUAACUGUGGCCGCGUCUGUCGCAUACAGAAGUCUCAGACGAAGCGCCACGGCUUACAGCCGGCGACGUGCAUUUACACUCUUCCAAGACACCUGCAAAAUCCUAGACGAUCUCGGUAAGACCUUCCCCUCUGCGCGAGCAAUGGCAAAACUUGCCAGAGACACCAUGCAAGGAGUCGACCGGGCGACCGCAAGGAUAAGGAGAGAUAGCAUCAAGCCUCCGAACACUACACACAGCUCUACACCAGAGGUUGCUGUCGAUGAAAGUACCCAAGAUCCACGGGAUGCCAGCCAGAUGUCGGAGUCCGUACAAGUCUCCAGACCACCACUGCCGCCGCUCGGAGCAGCGCCUGCAGCUUCGGUUGACCUGUACGACCAAUUUGGAACGGAUUCCUUCAAUGAAUACAAUGGUGAUGCGGAGAUCUUUGGCAACUUGGACCCGAGUUUUGAUCUCGGACGGGCCGAUGCCAUCUUUUCAGCCAAUCUCGACUUGAGCAUACCAUAUUUCGCAGAAGACUGGCCAGUACCUGGGCUGUACGCGGGAGACGUGGGUUAG